GUUUAAAAAAAUGAUAAUAAAGAAAAGGGGCUGAAGAGGGAAAAGAAAAAAGGCAGCCCAUGCAAGGACACAAAAAUCACCAAAUAUAUCCAAUUAUUAUCUUGCCAGUGUAUAUGGUGAGAGUGUCCACAUGUUCUGCAAAACAUCUCUCAUAGUUGACCAACAGGGACAUGAGACAUUUUGCUGUUCUAAACAUUACAUCAGAAUUUAGUCCAGUUGUCAUUGUAUCUGAAAUGGACUAUUCCUAUUGCUUGUUGCAGGAAGGGCUAUCCAGUCUUCUGCCUUCAUGCUGUCUCUUUCCAUCAUUUCCUUUCUUCUGUUAUUUUGUGCUCUGGAUAUCGGAAGCUGUGAGAACGAUAAUGACCUGAAAAACCUGGAAGCAGAGUUUGCCCUCACUCUUUACCAAAAGGUAGCAGAACGUAAUAACAGAACGAAUCUUGUCAUUUCACCAGCAAGCAUUUCUUUUUCUUUGGGACUUCUGCAGUUGGGAGCUCGAGGGAAUACCUUUGGCCAACUGAAACAGGCUUUGGGAUACAGCACUCAUGAUGAGAACAUCCAGGAUUUCUUGCAUGCAGCCUACAAAGAAGGAAUCAGUUCAGACCAAAGUGUUGUGGUGCACUUGGCAUGCACCCUCUUUGUUCAAGCUGGGAUGCAGCUAUCACCUCAAUUCAUUCAGCAGGCUGAAUGGUGGGCAAAUAAUACAGUGCAGCAAACUAAUUUCAGUGAUCCUAACAGGACCGAAGCACAGAUUAAGGAAUGGAUUGCCCAGAGCACUGGAGAAACAAGCUGCCUAUCCUUGGACAUGACUGAGUCUCCCCUUAACCAGAUAGCUGUGGUAAGCACUAUGGACUUCAGAAGUACUUGGCAAAGGAAAUUCACUUUUACACACGCCCAAGCGUUGUCCUUUACCACUGCAGAAGGCAUCAGCUUAAAAGUGCCUGCCAUGUAUCUCAGAGCUGAAGUCAAUUAUGGUGAAUUCCUAAUGGGCUCUCUGGAUCAGAUCAGUGUGGUUGAAUUACCUUAUCUGGAGGAGAUGGUGAGCAUGUUUGUGGUGCUUCCAACCGACAGGAGAACCUCUCUAGCCAGGAUUGAGACUUACUUCUCAGCUCAAACCUUCUCUCUAUGGUCCAGCACCUUAAGAAGAACAGGGAUGGAUAUCUUUCUCCCUAGGUUCAAAAUUCAAAAUCACUUGGACUUAAAGAUGAUUUUACUUGCAUUAGGAAUUACAGACAUGUUUGACCAAACUGAAGCUAAUUUCAAUGGCAUUUCAGAGCACGGAGGUCUUUAUAUCUCAGAAGUCAUCCACAAAGCGAAGAUUGAAGUGACAGAAGAUGGUACAAGAGCCUCAGGCAUUACAGCUAUGGUGUUAUUAAAAAGAUCCAGGGCUCCUGUCUUCAAAGCUGACAGACCUUUUAAUUUCAUUCUAAGACAAGCCAAAACAGGUUCAAUUCUGUUCAUAGGAAGACUUACAAAUCCUACACAGUAA